AUGGAAUUGGGAAGUAUACUGGAGUUUCUUGAGAACAAGACCAUUUUGGUCACAGGUGCCACUGGGUAUCUUGCAAAGAUUUUUGUGGAGAAAAUAUUGAGGGUUCAACCAAAUGUGAAGAAAUUUUAUCUUAUUUUAAGAGCUGCAGAUGAUAAGUCUGCUAGAGAACGUCUCCGUGAUGAGGUGAUAGCGAAGGACUUAUUCAAAGUUCUAAGGGAGAAACAUGGUGCAAGUCUACAUUCCUUCAUAUCAGAAAAGGUGACUCCCGUUCCCGGUGAUGUCUCUUUUGAAGACUUGGGAGUGAAAGACUCUUCUCAGAACGAUGAAAUGUGCAGAGAAGUUGAUGUUGUGCUUAAUUUUGCUGCCACCACCAACUUUGACGAAAGAUACGAUGUUGCUCUUGGCAUUAAUACAUUGGGAGCUUUGAAUGUUUUAAACUUUGCAAAGAAAUGUGUUAAAAUAAAGAUGCUUGUCCAUGUAUCUACUGCUUACGUCUGCGGAGAAGAAGCUGGACUUUUACCAGAGCAACCAUGCCGCAUGGGUGUGGCCAAAAAGGCGAACGACAAAAUAGAUGUCAACUUUGAAAAGAAAUUGGUGCAAGAGACAUUAAAUGAACUUAAAUUAAAAGAUGUUCCAGACAGAGAAAUUACUUCAGCUAUGAAGGAUUUUGGACUUGAGCGAGCAAGGCUUUUCGGAUGGCCAAACACUUAUGUAUUUACAAAGGCAUUAGGAGAAAUGCUUUUAGGAAAUUUCAAAGAUAAUUUGCCUUUACUUAUUAUUCGCCCCACCAUGAUAGCUAGUACUUACAAAGAACCAUUUCCGGGUUGGAUUGAAGGUGUAAGAACCAUUGAUAGCCUAAUUGCGGGCUACGGUAAAGGCAGAGUUACAUGCUUUAUUUCCGGUCCACGAGCGGUUCUUGACGUCAUACCAGCUGACAUGGUUGUGAAUGCUAUUACUGUUGCGAUGGUAGCACGGGCCAAGCAACAUUCCGAGAUCAUUUAUCACUUGGGUUCUUCAUUGAGAAAUCCUUUAAAACUUUUAGAUCUUCGUGACUUCAGUUUUUCCUACUUCGGUGAACAUCCAUGGAUUAAUAAGGACGGAGAGCCAGUGAAAGUUAGCCGAGUAACUAUUUUAAGCAGUAUGUCUAAGUUCUACACAUACAUGGCCAUUCGUUUUCUCCUGCCAUUGAAGGCAUUGCAAUUGUUCAACACAAUUUCAUGUCACAUAUAUCAAGACCUGUAUACGGGUCUUGAUAGAAAAGCAAAACUGGUGAUGCGAUUGGCAGAGCUAUAUAAACCUUAUGUGUUCUUCAAUGGCAUAUUUGAUGACAUAAAUUCAGAGAGAUUGCGGAUAGCAUCUAAAGAGAACUGUCUUGAAGCAAAUGUCUUCGAUUUUGAUCCUAUGAACAUUGAUUGGGAAGAUUAUAUGAUAAAUGUUCACAUUCCUGGUCUCGUUAAAUAUGUGAUGUAA